AUCAAAUCUACCUUUUUCCCACAAUUACCAAAAAUAUUACAAAUUAUUACACAAUCAUAAAAAUAUUAUCCAAAUUAGUACCAACAGUAAUAAAAUCGAAAACCUAUAAAUAUAAAUAGAAGUUCUUGCUACACCCUUCACAUUAUAACACUAAUCCAGAAUUCACGCUCACAUCAACCAAAUUAAUCUCACAAAAUUUCAUCCAUUUUCCCUUAACUAAACCUCAUUAAUCCACUUAAUUACUCACAAAUUCCACGGUAAUCCGAUUUCUCAGCUUAAUUACAUUUUCAUUUAUGUCAAUUGAUUAUAAUUUCAUUUGCAGGAAUUUUAGUUAAUGUUUUGUUCUGAGGAAAUGGAAAUGGAAAUGGUAAUGGUGAGCUGUUAGGAUUAGGGUUAGGGUUUGUAUAUAGAGAAAUAGAAAUGGAUUCAGCGAGGAAUUGGUUUCAGAAAUUUCAACCUAGAGAAAAAUUGAGAUCAUCAACGAGGAAGAAAGAUGCGUCGGAUGGAUCGUCGAAUAGUAAUGAGCCGAGAUCGCCGCCGGAAGACGAUGAGUCUUUGUCGAAUACUACGAAACAGAAAGUUGCUGCUGCUAAACAGUAUAUUGAGAAUCAUUAUAAAGAGCAGAUGAAGAAUCUUCAGGAACGUAGAGAACGGCGAACCGUGUUGGAAAAGAAGUUGGCUGAUGCGGAUGUGUCGGAGGAAGAUCAGAAUAACUUACUGAAAUUCUUGGAGAAGAAAGAAACAGAAUAUAUGCGUCUUCAGCGGCAUAAAAUGGGCGUUGAUGAUUUCGAAUUGUUGACCAUGAUUGGCAAGGGUGCAUUUGGUGAGGUUAGAGUGUGUAGGGAAAAGACAACGGGGCACGUGUAUGCUAUGAAAAAACUUAAGAAAUCAGAGAUGCUUCGCAGGGGCCAGGUUGAGCAUGUGAGAGCUGAAAGGAAUCUACUUGCAGAGGUUGAUAGCAAUUGUAUUGUAAAACUAUAUUGUUCCUUCCAAGAUGAUGAGUUUUUGUAUCUUAUAAUGGAAUAUUUGCCUGGUGGAGAUAUGAUGACUUUACUUAUGAGAAAAGAUACAUUGACAGAAGAUGAAGCUAGAUUUUAUGUUGCAGAAACUAUUCUAGCUAUUGAAUCUAUCCAUAAACAUAAUUAUAUUCACAGGGAUAUCAAGCCCGACAACUUGCUACUUGAUAGAUUUGGACAUUUGAGGCUGUCUGAUUUUGGGCUAUGUAAACCACUAGAUUGCAGCACUAUCCAAGAAGGGGAUUUCUCAGUAGUGAACAACACUGCCAGUGGGACAACCCAGAAUGAAGAACGGUCAGCAGCUCCAAAGCGCACACAACAAGAGCAACUACAGAAUUGGCAGAAGAACAGGAGGAUGCUUGCUUAUUCCACUGUUGGUACACCUGAUUACAUAGCUCCAGAAGUGCUGUUGAAGAAAGGUUAUGGGAUGGAAUGUGAUUGGUGGUCACUUGGUGCAAUUAUGUAUGAGAUGCUUGUUGGAUAUCCUCCUUUUUAUUCGGACGAUCCAAUGUCAACUUGUAGAAAGAUAGUAAAUUGGAGAACUCAUUUGAAAUUUCCAGAAGAGGCAAGGUUAUCUCCUGAGGCAAAAGAGGUUGUUAGCAAACUCUUGUGUAAUGUCAACCAGAGAUUGGGAACAAAAGGCGCAGAUGAAUUAAAGUGUCAUCCAUGGUUCAAAGGUGUUGAAUGGGAUAAGCUUUAUCAUAUAGAGGCGGCAUUUCUCCCAGAGGUCAAUGAUGAGUUAGAUACUCAAAAUUUUGAAAAGUUUGAAGAGCAGUCUGAUAACCAGAGUCAAAGUGGAACGAAAGCUGGUCCAUGGAGAAAGAUGCUCUCUUCGAAAGACCUAAAUUUUGUGGGCUAUACAUAUAAGAACUUUGAAAUCGUAAAUGAUUAUCAAGUUCCUGGAAUGGCUGAUUUGAAAAAGAAAACCACUAAACCGAAGAGGCCAUCAGUCAAGUCACUAUUCGAAACAGAGUCCGAAACAUCAGAACCAUCGGAUACAAUCAGCGAGCCAUCUGUUCAAGGGAGCUUUCUUAAUCUAUUGCCUCCUCAAUUAGAAGUAUGUGAAAAGCACAAGAAUUCCCUUUAACCCCAAUUUUUAUCGCCUUUUAACCUUCAAUUAUCAGUAAAUGCUGCUUUCCGCACUUUGAUUCGAUGCUCUCAAUGCUUAAUAUUCCAUACUUCGACCAAGUGCGGGGAUCCUGGCCAAAGAUUUUGGCCUCGGAUAAUUAACAAGGCAGAAACUAGAGAGGACAAGGGAGUAGAUAAAUUACUGAUUCAUUUAAUGUUGUCAUUUAUAAUGUUGCUUCAAAAUAUUGUACAAAUACGAAUCCUUUUAACUCAUACCAUGUAUAUGAUAUAAGCAUUAUUGUUAA